AUGAAGAACCUUUACUCUUUGGUCAUCUUUAUACAAGCUAUAAUCGGACAUGCUGAGAAGAGAAUUUUGCUGUAUGACCCAGACGUGAUCCUGUCUCAGAUUCAUGACCUGGAAAGGAAGUAUCAGGACAUAUUUACGAAGUAUUCUGAGUUGUCUAGAAAAACAACUGAUCUGACUGUAAAAUAUGACGCUUUGUUUUCCAAAGCAACUGCUGGUGGAGUGUUCGUUAGAUGGGGAAGAAAGGAUUGUCCUUCUGAUAAUAGCACAGAAUUGGUGUACUCUGGAUUUGCUGGUGGAUCUUGGUAUGAUCAUUCUGGUGCCGCCGCUGAGUUUGUUUGUCUCCCACCCGAUCCAGAUCUUACCAACAAAUUCACUUCCGGGUUUGCUUUCAUGUACGGCGCUGAAUACGAUUCCACUGAGUUUGGCCGCCAUACAGGUGACGAUCUUCCUUGUGCCGUUUGUAGAAGAACAAAACAGUCCAGUGUGUUGAUGAUUCCAGGAAAGAAUAGCUGCUACACUGGAUGGACUGAACAAUAUCAUGGAUAUCUUGCAGCAGGAUACUAUCAAUUUGCAUCUGCCACCCAGUACAUUUGUCUUGAUGAACAUCCUGAUGCUCUUCGAGCAGGAGAACGUAAUGACAAUGGAAAAUUGGUCCGUCCCGUGAAAGCGGUAUGCGGAUCGCUAGCAUGUCCACCAUACCACAACGAUAUGUAUUUAACAUGCGUAGUGUGCACCAAAUAA